CAUGGAGAUGAAGAAGUUGGCCGUGCUGGUGUUGUUGGCAGUGGUUGUGCUCUUGGUGGCCACCGAAGCCAUUCCUUUCGAGGAUAAGGACUUGGCAUCGGAGGAGAGUCUGUGGAACCUGUACGAACGGUGGCGCAGCCACCACACGGUGACGCGGGACCUCGACGAGAAGAAGAAACGGUUCAAUGUGUUCAAAGAGAACGUCAAGUUCAUCCAUGAAUUCAAUCAACGGAAGGAAGUGCCUUACAAGCUUCGCCUCAACAAGUUCGGCGACAUGACCAACCAAGAGUUUCGUGCGGUCUAUGCCGGUUCCAAGGUGGCCCACCACCGCUCUCUACGCGGCGAUCGACACGAGGAAGAAGGCGGCGGGAGCUGCUCUAGCGUCUGUGGGGUUCCGACGUCGGUCGACUGGAGGCAGAAGGGUGCAGUUACUCCCAUCAAGGACCAGGGCCAGUGUGGGAGUUGUUGGGCAUUCUCUACUGUGGCUUCUGUGGAAGGCAUAAACCAAAUCAAGACCAACCAAUUGAUCUCCUUGUCGGAGCAACAACUCGUAGAUUGUGAUACCAAGUACAACAGUGGAUGCAAUGGUGGUCUCAUGGACUACGCAUUUGAGUACAUCAUGGAAAAUGGAGGUCUCGCCACGGAAGAAAACUAUCCUUACACGGCUGAAGAUGGAACGUGCUCGAAGGAGAAUUCACCGGCGGUUACAAUCGAUGGCUACAAGGAUGUGCCGGCCAACGACGAGAAAGCUUUGAUGGCGGCAGUAGCCAACCAACCGGUGUCAGUUGCCAUCGAUGCAGGUGGCUUCCAAUUCUACUCGGAGGGAGUCUUCACGGGGCCCUGUGGCACUGACUUGGAUCAUGGCGUCGCAAUCGUUGGGUACGGCGCAACGAAGGAUGGGACUAAGUACUGGAUAGUGAAGAACUCAUGGGGAACAGAGUGGGGCGAGAGUGGCUACGUUAGGAUGAAGAGGGGAGUUUCGGCCAAGCAUGGGCUGUGUGGUAUCGCGAUGGAGGCAUCUUAUCCUAUCAAAACAUCCCCUAACCCUAAGGAGACUGCGGGAUCUUCCAAGGAUGAACUCUGAGAUGAUGAUACUUGACUGAAAUUAUAUUCACGCCUGGAA